AUGGCUGGUGGUGGUUUUGUUACUAGUGAUGUUAAAAAUUAUCCAGAAAAGGUCACUUGGGAUGCGGUAAUUGCUUGUAUUUUGGAGCCAUGGUGGCUAAUUUUUCAGAUAUGGCAUUGGUAUCUCCGGUGGUGUCUCAUCAUGGCUCUCUUUUUGAAAAAUGUUUCCCAUCAGGUGAUUGAAAGGAGGCAUCAUAUGCAUCCACCAACUAAUACUGCAAGUUCCAUGAUACACGUCUGUGCCAUUUACCUCUCAGAUAUGGCUCCAUCAAGAUACUGGAUGACUAGGAUGGCGUGUAAGCUUAGGCAGUAUGAGUGGCCUGAUAAACAAGAG